GUCAAUUCUUAGAAAUCUGACCUUUUUCUGUUUGUUCAGAAAGGGGAAGGAAGUCAGGAUGAAACUGAGUCGGAGGAAAUUAUGCAUUUUAUGUGCAGCCUCAUCGUCGAGAGGAGGCGAAGGAGAAAAAAAAAAGACUUCAAAUGCAAAUAUUUUACAGAAAAUACUGAAAGCAGUUAAUUGUUUCAUUCACUAUAUUAUUCAUAAAAAAAUAAAAAUAAAAUUAAAAAAAACACCUUUGCUCAGGGGGACUUUGCUCAAAAUACUACAUAAAAUGUGACCUGUAAUCCUCCACAUUUGUAUUUGGGUAUUAUUUCACAUUUUAUGCAGUUAGCAGGGGAAUGGUCUCAAUCAUCCUUGCAGGGGUCCAGCACCCAAGACAUAGAUGGCAGUAAUUAUUAAUGGAUGUGAAAAUGCCACGCCAAAUACCAUGGCUACCAGGCGCAGCCUUUGUGCAUGUCAGUUGUUUAACCAGUUUAAUAAGAUGAAUAGAAGACAUGCGUAGUUGAAGAUUAAGGUUACAGAAAACUCCUGCUCCAUCAUGCCUAUGAUUGAACAAGAUUAAUAAAUAUCAGAAGAGUAUUGAUCAUUAUUAGCUUGUGAUACCUGUAACAGGAAGUCAGACUCUGUACACAGACAAGUUAAAACCAAACAGGCAGGUUUAUUGUGCAGAUUUCAAUGAGCAACAAUGGCAGGAUGACGGAGCACACAGAUAGUGAAUGGGUUGAUGAAGGAAUUUUCCAGGAGCUGGCUCCAAUGAACUGUUUGGGGUAAAUUGGUUGAGAAGACACAGGAGAGACAAAGGAGAACUAGGGACAUGAAGCAGGUAAGUGAGACCGUAGAGAUGAGAAUUCAUUCUGCAAGGAAGACCAGACAAUGUGACUGAGUGAACUGUGUGCUCUUAUAGUGCAGGAUGUGGUGUUGGUUGGUGAUUACUGUCAGGUGUGUGUCCUCAGAAGUCGGGUGAUUGUGAUGGCUGACAUGUGGAAGAGCCUGGUGUCUGUGACAAUACCGAAUGCAUUGACAAUUUUAACCAACUGAACCUUGUUGUAAAGUAAUAACAAAACUACAGUCUUAUGAAUAUCUAUAACAGCUAAUGCAAAUGUGUAAAUGUAAUCUGUAGCAAGUUGCACAGCCGUUGCUGUUAUGUUCAAAGAUUAUGUAAAAGCGCAUAUAGUGCCAGACUCUGUGCAAGAUAAAGACCACUGGGAUAUCUUUAAGUGAACAUCUCUCGCACAUUCCUUCACGUUUUUUAGUAUUGUGAAAUGAAUAGCAGCACUUUUUGUUGUUUUUUUUACCACUUUCUUCAACAGAACACAAAGUGAUUGGGAAACUGCUGCCAUAUAUCGAACAUGAGGAUGAGGUAUAGUGCGGUUAUAAACCACAGAUGUUAUCAGCAGCUUGCUCACUUGGUACUGCAGACUACCUGUGUUUUCAUACUAAAUUAAAGUUGCACAACCAUGCAUGAUUUGUUUUCAGUUAAACUUGAUGCUUAAAGUGACUUCUGUUGGUCCAUCUAAAGCAGUUGCCAAUGUGUGUGCUUCCCAUGCCUUGGAUGUAACAUUUAUCCUAGUGGUUUUAAACUGGGAUGUUGUUAAGCCCGGCAAAAGUACCUCAGCAUACUUGUUGGCAUGUUAUCUGGGUCAGUGCUGCAGAAGUUGGAGUUUGUGGUUGCAUGUGAGCUUUAAUAACCAGAAAAAGCUAUUAUCGCAGGUGUUGUAGCAUGUUUCUUUGACUGUUAAUAAUGAAAAGAUGAGUAAAUAGAUUGACAUUAAGACUACAGCAACCUGGCCACUGGAACAUUUAGUAUAUUUUAGCUGGAAUUUCUCUGAAUGUGUUAAUGGAAAAUAGUAUUUAUAAAAUAUAGGUUAGAAUAAUAAUAAUGAUAAAGUUAUAGUAAUUAAAACUGAAGGGAACAAAUAAAACAAGACAUUAAAUAGGAAAAAAAAGACUAAUUUCACUCUAACAGAGAUUUACAGGAGACCUAACCUAACCUCAAUUGAGCUUAACCAAUCAGGUUUAAGAGGUGGGUUUCUUUUGACGUAAUUCAGCAAAAACACUCGCUACAUCUGUCACAUCACUAUCCAUUUCAAGAAGAGACAGACUAUCAAACCUGCUGAACAUGACAGAUCAAACUCCACAACAGACAGAGCCAAUGAAUGACAGCUACACAAACCAGACUUGCGAUGUUUUCAUCUACAAGGAGUCUGCUCGGGUCCUCUUUCCCAUUUUCUAUUGCCUGGUUUUUGUCAUCAGCGUGGCAGGUAACAGCCUGGUCCUCUGCAUCACCUGUCAGAAAAAGCAGAAGAUGAAUUCCACCACCAUAUAUCUGAUCAACCUUGCCAUCUCCGACACCCUCUUCACCUUGGCUCUUCCCGGCAGGAUCACCUACUAUAUCCGAGGCUUCGACUGGCCUUUUGGAGAUUUCUUGUGCCGGCUGACUGCCAUGAUCUUCUACAGCAAUACCUAUGCUAGCAUUGCCUUCAUGACCUGCAUCAGUGUAGAUCGCUACCUGGCCAUGCUGCACCGUCAGAGGUGUCAAAAUCUGAGGAAAACCAAAGUCGUACGAGGUAUCUGCGUUCUGGUAUGGGUGGUGGUUCUUCUUGAGACGUGCCCUCUGCUCUUCAAGAGUACCAUGGAAUACAGAUCCAGUCAUCGAACGUGCAUGGAGUUCUCCAAUUUUUAUAGCUACAAGAUGGCAAUAGGUCUUCUGUUCGCUUGCAUCAUCGGGUUUUGCUUUCCAAUGGGACUCAUCCUGUGCUGCUACAGUCAGGUCAGCCACAAGCUCAUCAAGACGGCCAAGGAAAACCCGGUGACCAACAGGUCUGGCAGCAACAGCAGGGCCAAAAAUAUGAUCCUGCUCAUUCUGCUGAGCUUCGGGGUGUGUUUCAGUCCCUACCACAUUAACAUCAUGCAGUUUGCAGUGAGAAGGCUGUACAAAGUGCCCUCUUGUGAGGAGUUAAAGACUUUGAAAAUGUCCCUGCAGGUAACCGUUGCCAUGAUGAACUUUAACAGCUGCCUUGACCCUAUUAUUUACUUCUUUGCCAUCAAAACAUACAAGCAGAGAGUCAUGAGUCUUUUUAAGAGCUACAUUUCCAUUUCAGCAUCCUCCAGGAGCAUGCAGGAGAACAGCAGUAGUAAUACAUGAGGACCAAAAUUAUAUAAUGAAAAAUCUGAUGGUGCAAACUGCAGAGGAAGUGUCUGCACACGUGUGAAAAUGCGGUUGGAUAACUGUAGAGUUCAGAGUUUCAUACCUUAUAUUUCUGAGCAAAUGGCAUUCCAUUUCUUAUCAUUGAUGGUCUUUGAGUCUGUUAUUCUGUUUUAGGAUUUUUGACCACAUUUUGUGUGAAGAUAUCUGACAUAACAAGGUCACUGACAUUCUGUUGGCAUUUAACUUUUUUUUUUUUUUUGGGGGUCAUUAUGAAUUUGAAUAUGAAUCUAACAUGAAUUUAUCACUCAUAUGCAUGUAAAACUGAAUAAUGUUAAUUUCUUUGUGUAAUAUAUUUCUUUGAAUGAUUAACAUGCUGUUGGGCUUUUUUUAUUUUAUUUUAAUUUUUUUUUAAUUGGCCACGUAGGACUGCCAUUGACGUCAACUGAAAUUCAGACUUAAAAUGAAAAUUUUAAGAAACACACAUAAAGGUCAAGGAGGCUAGAAGAAAUUCUGAGUAAUAAUGGAUGAUAACGUAGGUGUAUGUUAAUAUCUGUUGACAUUUCUGUAAGCUGCUGUGUAAAAACUGUGUUUUGCUUUAAAGAUGCUCACAAUGUGUGUGUAACAUUUUGGGCAACCCCUAUAACAGCAUUUUCCAUUUGGGAAUUUAACGUAGUUGUCAAUUAAAGAGGUUCGUUUACAA